CUUAACAGUUUAACAAAAACAAUCAAGAUACACGGAGAUUACAAUGCGUUCGUUGCCAGUGCUUUUACGUAUGACCGAGGAGCUGACAAGGAUGCCGCGUGUGUCGCCGUUUCAGGCCUUCUUCCACGAGCCGCUAAUGUGGACGGACUUAACGAUGCCCCGCAACUGGCUGCAGAUGGCACGCCGGCAGGAGCAACAGUUUGUGCCGGGGGCAACAGUGGGCAAACAGGGCUACCAGUUCAGCCUGGAUGUGAGUGAAUACAAGCCCAACGAACUGACCGUCAAAAUGGUGAACAACAGUGUCAUAAUUGAGGGCAAAUCCGAGCAAAAGGAAGAUGACCACGGCGGCUACGUCUACCAUCAAUUUCUGCGUCGCUUUGCUCUGCCCGACGGCUACGAGGCGGAUAAGACCACGUCCAGCUUAAGCAGCGACGGCGUACUCACUAUCAAUGUUCCGAAUCCACCAGCAGUCGAGGAAGCGCUCAAGGAGCGAUUGGUGCUCAUUCAACAAACCGGCCUAGCGGAGCUCAACGUCAAGCCCAACCCACCCCUGGGCGAGCCAGCGGAGGAAACAAAGAAACAAAGUAAAGAUUAGAUGUGUCCUUUAAUAAAUACCUAGUUGAUUAGCCCGUAGCAAUUUAAUUUAGCAAUACAAAUUAGAGAUACACAAGAGAGACAAAGCACUUGUAUUGUGAAUUGUCGCAAGAGAUGUUUAAAAUUGUUCAGCACUGUACAAUAAAUACCAAAGAAUACGCUAA